AUGGGCAUCAAGCUGUGCUUUGCCUCGCCUACCCACCCCAAGAGCAACGGCCAAGUCGAGCGAGCCAACGCCGAAAUCUUCAAAGGACUCAAGACCAAGACGUACAACGUCCUGAAGAAGCACGGGGAUUCAUGGCUCGAGGAACUGCCCGCCGUGCUGUGGGCGAAUCGGACCACUCGAAGUCGCGCCCCGGGGGAAACACCCUUUUUCCUGGUGCAUGGCACCGAGGCGGUCCUACCUUCGGAGCUUUCCCUGGGUUUGCCACGCGUCACGCUGUACGAUGAGGCCAACCAGGAUGAUCUUUGCCACGACGACCUCGACUAUUUAGAAGAGCGGAGAAGGUGCGCGGCCCUGCGAGCGGUGCGCUACCAGCAAAGCCUGUGGCGCUACCAUCAGCGCCACGUCCGGGCCCGAUCACUGCAAGUCGGCGAUCUCGUCUUGCGCCGCGUACAGUCGCGCUUGGGGCUGAGCAAGCUCUCAUCAAUGUGGGAAGGGCCAUACAAAGUGAUCGGCGUUCCCCAGCUGGGCUCCGUUCGGCUAACCACGGAGGACGGCACGGCGUUGCCUAACCCCUAG